AACGAUUAAAUACUGUAGUUUUCCCUGUGUCAUAUAAUGAGAAGUUUUAUAAAGAUGUCCUAGAAGCUGGAGAAUUAGCUAAGUUAGCGUACUAUAAUGAUAUUGUGGUUGGAGCUGUAUGUUGUCGAAUAGACCAAGAAGUUGGUCGUCGACUUUAUAUAAUGACUUUGGGGUGCUUAUCACAGUAUAGAAGACUUGGUAUAGGAAGUAUGAUGGUUGAACAUGUUUUAAACUAUGUUGAAAAUGAUGGUACAUUUGAUAGUGUUUAUUUACAUGUUCAAUUGAAUAAUGACAGUGCCAUAAAGUUUUACAAAAAAUUUGGGUUUGAGAUAGUUGAAACUAAAGAGCAUUAUUAUAAGAGGAUAGAACCAGCAGAUGCUUACGUGCUGGAAAAACGUCUACAACCAAAAACUAUAAAUGGGAAAAAUGAACAUCAUUCAAAUAACUUUAAAAAAGAUUAAAUACUGAUUAGCUUUCUUAAUUGUUUAUUGUAUUAAUACAUUAUAAUAGAACACAUACUGUAAAUAUACAUACAGUAUAAAAUAAACACACAUAAAAACAGUUU